ACAGGGUUCAAAGAGGGAACAAAGUGACAUCUCAGGGUUAUAUAAACUCUCCGAGGUUGCCAAAGAUUUAGGACGUUUGUGGAGACUGGAAGCCGGCGAGUGUCGCCAGACAGGAAAGAAGUUACAGCCCUUCCGAGAGCCAGCCAGCCAGCCGGAGACCCAGAGGCUCUGAGGACCCAUCGACCAUGGCGCCUGUGCCCUACCUGCUGCUGCUGCUGCCACUGCUGCGCGUGUCUGCGGACGAACUGGAACCCUGCCAACUGGACGAAGAAGAUUUCCGCUGCGUCUGCAACUUCACGGAUCCGGAGCCUGACUGGUCCAGCGCCUUGCAGUGUACGGUUGCCGUCGAGGUGGAGAUCCGUGGAGGCGGCCGCAGCCUGGAACAGUUUCUAAAGAAAGCCAACGCCGACCCGGAGCAGUAUGCUGACAUGGUCAGGGCUCUGCGAUUGCGGCGGCUCACGGUGGGCGCUGCACAGGUUCCCUCUCAGCUUCUGGUCGCCGUCCUGCAUGUGCUCGGGUAUUCACGCCUAAAGGAACUGACGCUGGAGGACCUGGAGGUAACCAGCCUGCUGCCGCCGCCGCCUGUGAAAGACCCUGGGCCAGCACUCUCUACCCUCAGAAUCCAUAACGUGUCCUGGGCAACAGGAGGUGCGUGGCUCGGCAAACUGCAGCAGUGGCUCAAGCCAGGCCUCAGGGUACUGAACAUUGCGCUAACACAUCCUCUUGCUUUCGCCUGCGCACAGCUCCGCACCUUCCCGACCCUUACCACCCUUGACCUGUCUGACAAUCCUGGACUGAGCGAGCGCGGGCUGACUACGGCUCUCUGUCCUCACAAGUUCCCGGCCCUCCAGGAUCUAGCGCUACGCAACGCGGGGAUGGAGACGCCCAGCGGAGUGUGCGCAGCGCUGGCGGCGGCGGGUGUGCAACCGCACCGUCUGGACCUCAGUCACAACUCGCUGCGCGCCGCCGCCUCAGGCGAUCCCAGGUGUGUCUGGCCCCGCACACUGAGCUCUCUCAAUUUGUCGUUCGCUGGGCUGGAGCAAGUGCCUAAAGGACUGCCGCCCAAACUCAGCGUGCUUGAUCUCAGCUGCAACAGGCUGAACAGAGCGCCACGGCCAGACGAACUGCCAGAGGUGAGUAACCUGACACUGGAUGGGAAUCCCUUUCUGGACCCUGGAGCCCUCAAGCACCAAGAAGACCCGACGCUCUCUGGGGUGGUCCCAGCCUGUGCGCGUUCCGCCUUGACCGUGGGCGUGUCUGGAACUCUGGCGCUGCUUCAAGGAGCCCGGGGCUAUGCCUGAAGCCCAGGGGAGAACAAUCCACUGGCCUCAGAGUGCCCUGGCUUCUGGGGAGCCUCGUCAGGACGUCUCAACCAACCCACCCUCUACCCCCAACUUCAUUAAAAUCUUAAACAAUGGUCCGUGUCAUUCACUCAACACGUAUUUACUGGGUGUCUGCUAUGUGCUGGGCACAUUGCUGUAUAGGAACUCCGUUACACUUAAACUUUCUUCAGACUAACUCCCUAGAAACCAUACCUGCCCUAACUUAGAAAAGAACUGCAGAGGCAGAAGGGGCAGGGAAAUGUUGCCUGUCUAGGGCUGCGUGGGAGGACCAAGGGUUUCUGUUCAGUGGGGGCUUUCUAAGCAGAUUACUGGCACCUUUGUUAAGAUGUCUGAAUCAUAAACAUUCCUAGGAUGAUACAGAAUGUCUCCUCUCCAGUGCGCUUUCUAAGAGCCAGCUGCUCCUUUUCCAAGGUAAUAAAACCCAGAGCCACUUGCUUAUUCUUUCUUUCCCCCGUCCCCUAGGGAGGAGAUACAACUAUGCCACUUGUUCUACAUAAACUCUGAGUUUUAUAAUUUCAGGAUUCCUCUCCUGUAGUGUAAAGUCCCUUUGCACAUACAGCUACGCUGACUUUCACUGUGUCAUCUAAUGGGGAAUUUGAGGAUGGGGAACUGAUGCAAGAUUCUGUCAUUUAACAGUCUGUCUCUGAACCAGGGAUCUUAUGAAUAAGUUAGUAUAUGUGAAUAAAAUUGUUUCAGGCUGGCUCUUUGAUUUGCAAAUAGGAUAAUAUCUUAGACCCUUCACAGCUCCUUGGACCCUUCACAGAACAAUUAACAAUGUAUGUCCUCUGAAACACAUUGUCUCUUGUCUCAGAGACCCAGGACAUCAGCCAAGAGGCAAUGUUCCUUCCAAGGGUCCCUUCUUCAUUGCAUCAGGGAGGCAGCCACAUUUAUCAGAGGUGGAGAUAUCUGCCUCAAGGGGGACCUCAAGAGGAGUGGGAGGAGGCAGGUAAACACAGCCCUCCAGACUGCCUCCCUCCAGUGUCCAAAACCACACAGAUAGGAAUGGGGAAUGCAAAGGAACAUUGAUGGGAGAGUUAUACAGGCCAUCAGACCACAGAUUCAAGGAAUCAUAGGGAUAGCUAAAUAAACUGUCAAUCUGUGUGGCUGAACCACACUGACUCCAUUUUGUCAGCUCCACCUUAGGCCCGCAGUUCUGCGCCCUCCUCUUUCUGCAGGAGCUUUAGUCCAGCUGCAAAGAGUGAGACCAAGCCAAAUGGCUUUCCUAUCAACUUUUACUCUUGCCUUCAUCUGUGGUGAAAACUGGAAAAAUGCCUUUUGCUGACACAGUGUUUUAAUGAUCAUGAGAGCCCCAUGGAGGAAAAAGCCCCGGUUCCCUUGAAUGCAGAUGUGCUUCUUACUUGGUAGUCAAAUUCUAUUUUUAGCUUUGGCCCAUUUAAAUCCCGGGUACCCCUUUGCAGAGUGCAGCUGUGAUUAUGUAAGUAAUGCGGCUGUAAGUAAGUACCCACAAUAAACUUCAAGAUUGCUUGCU